AUGUACGGCCGCUACACCCAGGACUUGGGGGUGUUUGCUAAGGAGGAAGCGGCCCGUUUACGCCAGGAGAAGAACCGGGCGGGGGUCGGGGAGCGCGUCAAGCGCACCGAGCUGAUCGAGUACGACCGGAGCCGCUGUGCCAGGUGUAGAAUAUGUACAGUACGAUGUCAAGCGUUCCUCAUUUCCAAAGUGGGAGAAGACUGGAUCUUCCUGAUUCUGCUGGGAUUGCUGAUGGCUUUAGUCAGCUGGGCGAUGGACUUUGCAAUCGCCAUGUGUUUACAAGCUCAGAAGUGGAUGUAUGGGGGGCUGAGGCACAAUGUCUUCCUGCAGUACCUGGCCUGGGUCACGUACCCCAUCGUCCUCAUAACCUUCUCAGCCGGAUUUGUGCAGAUCAUCGCCCCUCAGGCCGUAGGUUCUGGGAUCCCGGAGAUGAAGACAAUCCUGAGGGGGGUGGUGCUAAAAGAAUACCUCACUUUAAAAACCUUUCUGGCCAAAGUGAUUGGCUUAACGUGCGCUCUGGGCAGCGGGAUGCCCUUGGGAAAAGAGGGCCCCUUUGUCCACGUGGCGAGUAUGUGUGCCACCUUGUUAAGCAAAGCCAUGUCGCUCUUCGGUGGAAUCUAUGAGAAUGAAUCCAGGAAUAUUGAGAUGUUGGCAGCUGCCUGUGCUGUGGGUGUUGGCUGUUGCUUUGCAGCACCGAUAGGAGGUGUCCUCUUCAGUAUCGAAGUCACCUCGACUUUCUUUGCCGUCCGGAACUAUUGGCGAGGAUUCUUCGCUGCCACGUUCAGUGCCUUUAUCUUCCGCGUCCUCGCCGUCUGGAACAAAGAUGAAGAAACCAUCACCGCCUUGUUCAAAACCCGCUUCCGCCUGGACUUUCCCUUCGAUCUCCAGGAGCUUCCGGCCUUCGCCGUCAUCGGGAUCGCGAGUGGGUUUGGCGGAGCUUUGUUUGUCUACUUCCAUCGCAAGAUUGUAGCCAUCAUGAGGAAGCAGAAGAGCAUCACCAAGUUCUUAAUGAAGAAGCGUCUGCUGUACCCAGCACUGGUGACCUUACUGAUCGCCACACUCACCUUCCCCAGAGGGUUUGGGCAGUUCAUGGCUGGAGAGUUGACCCAGAAGGAGACGCUGGUCACUCUAUUCGACAACAGGACGUGGGCGAAGCAGGGGAUGGCCGAGGAGUUUGACUACGUGGGGAUCUCGGAAGUCUGGAAGAACCCGCAAGUCAACGUCUUUGUCACCCUGGUCAUCUUCAUAUUGAUGAAGUUCUGGAUGUCAGCGUUGGCCACCACCAUCCCAGUGCCCUGUGGAGCCUUCAUGCCUGUCUUCGUAAUCGGGGCUGCUUUUGGCCGGCUGGUGGGAGAGAGUAUGGCGGCCUGGUUCCCCGAUGGUAUCCACGCAGACGGUUCCAUUUACCGCAUCGUCCCGGGCGGUUACGCGGUUGUAGGUGCGGCAGCGUUGUCGGGAGCCGUGACCCACACGAUCUCGACCUCUGUCAUCGUGUUCGAGCUGACCGGGCAGAUCUCCCACAUCCUGCCCGUCAUGAUCGCCGUCAUCCUGGCCAACGCCGUGGCCCAGAGCCUCCAGCCGUCCGUCUACGACAGCAUCAUCCGCAUCAAGAAGCUGCCCUACCUGCCCGAGCUGGGCUGGGGUCACCUGGAGAAAUAUAACGUUCGGGUGGAGGAUAUAAUGGUGAGAGACAUCCGCUUUGUGAUGGUCAACUGCAAAUACAGGGACCUGCAAGAUCUCAUACAGAGCACCAAACUCAAACACCUGCCCCUUGUUGAGUCAUCAGAGUCCAUGAUUCUCUUGGGUUCCAUUGAGAUGGCCCAGCUACAGGGGCUGCUGGACGACCAGUUCAGCAGGCGACGCAGGCUUGAGUACCUGAAGGAGAGAGCGAUCGCCAAGAAGAAAGUGGAAGACGACAGCUACAGGCUUAUUGACGAGGAGAAUCGCGUCGUCAAGGACAGCGAGGUCAGGAUCCAGAUCACCACCGAUCAGUCAUCGUUACCCCCCUCCCGCAGCGGCUCCCAGAAGCCCCUGAAACCAGCACUUAAACGAGCGUCGAGCAGCUCACCUGAUCUUCCCUCAACAGGCCCUCUGGACACGACCAGCAUUGCACUGAAAAGCCUAUUCUGUGUGAACACCGUGGACGAGCCGGGAGAGACCGAUGCACAGUCAGCGCCGGUAGACAGCAAAAAGUCCAAACGGGUGCGAAUUUCUGUAGUGGACCAAUAUGAGUUGGAGGAUGACAUGACACCCUCUGAGAUAGCCGAAUGGGAGGACAAGCAGUUUGAUCAACAAGUGGACUUCAGUGACUGUAAGAUUGACCCAGCACCUUUCCAGCUGGUCGAAUGGACAUCUCUACACAAGACUCACACCAUGUUCUCUCUGUUGGGGUUGAACCAUGCGUACGUCACCAGCAUCGGGAGGCUGAUAGGCGUGGUGGCUCUUAAAGAGCUGAGGAAAGCCAUUGAGGGCUCGGUCACGUCGAAAGGUGUGAAGAUGCGCCCGCCCCUGGCCAGCUUCAGGGAGAGCGCCAACAGCAGCAGCGAGUCAGACACCACAGAGAUACACAAGCUGUGGGACCGCAGAGAGAGCCUCACCGUCCCCAGGGAAUACAGCCCAUCAGACACCGACGACAAGUCACACUGA